AACUCAGAAAAUGAAUCUUUUUCAGGCAGUCACGAGCGCCUUGGAUAACUCCCUGGCCACAGAUCCUACUGCAGUAAUAUUUGGUGAAGAUGUUGCCUUUGGUGGAGUCUUUAGAUGUACUGUUGGCUUGCGGGACAAAUAUGGAAAGGAUAGAGUCUUUAACACCCCGCUGUGUGAACAAGGAAUCGUUGGGUUCGGGAUUGGCAUCGCGGUGGCUGGUGCCACUGCCAUUGCGGAGAUCCAGUUUGCAGAUUAUAUUUUCCCUGCUUUUGAUCAGAUCGUGAACGAAGCCGCCAAGUACCGCUACCGCUCGGGGGAUCUCUUCAACUGCGGGCGCCUCACCAUCCGCGCGCCGUGGGGCUGCGUGGGCCACGGCGCGCUCUACCACUCGCAGUGCCCCGAGGCCUUCUUCGCCCACUGUCCCGGAAUCAAGGUGGUCAUACCCAGAAGCCCUUUCCAGGCCAAGGGACUUCUCUUGUCAUGCAUCCAGGACAAAAAUCCUUGUAUAUUUUUUGAACCUAAAAUACUUUACAGAGCAGCAGUGGAACAGGUUCCCGUGGAACCAUACAACAUUCCGCUGUCACAGGCAGAGGUCCUCCAGGAAGGAAGUGAUGUGACUCUCGUGGCCUGGGGCACGCAGGUUCAUGUGAUCCGGGAGGUGGCUUCCAUGGCACGAGAAAAGCUUGGGGUAUCCUGCGAAGUCAUAGAUCUGAGGACCAUAAUACCUUGGGACGUGGACACAGUUUGCAAGUCUGUGGUCAAAACGGGGCGACUCCUUAUCAGUCACGAGGCUCCUCUGACAGGCGGCUUUGCCUCCGAGAUCAGCUCCACCGUCCAGGAAGAAUGUUUCUUGAACUUAGAGGCUCCUAUAUCCAGAGUGUGUGGCUACGACACUCCCUUCCCCCACAUUUUUGAGCCGUUUUACAUCCCUGACAAAUGGAAGUGCUACGAUGCCCUUCGGAAAAUGAUCAACUACUGAGCACACAG